AUGAUACGUGUCAACAACCUGGCAGGCGCGCACAGCGAUGCCGGAAUCAAGGCCAUUGCGUCAGACCUUGGUGCUGAUAUCAAGGGCAAGGUUUUGAUUGAUGCGACGAAUCCACUUUCGCCCUAUCCGGGCCUGGAGGUCCGUUGGACUGGAAAGUCAGCUGGCGAGCUCCUGGCCGAGGAGCUGCCCGACACAUUUGUGUACAAGGCCUUCAACACCAUCGGCGCCAAUCUGAUGGCCCAGGGUGACGGCUCCAGUCUCAACGGUCAGCAACUAACUAUGAUGUUCGCGGGGAGCUCCGAAAAUAAGGCGCUGGUCGAGGAGGUCAUUUCGACAACUGGCUUUGAACCCGUGUACGUGGGGUCCAUACGAUACGCCAGGAAUCUUGAGCUCAGAGAAGUGGGGCCGGAACUUCCAUUUUCAGGUCAUUCGCAAGUAGCGAGCAGCUGCGUGGCCGGCGGGGAUGGUACGGAUGUGAAGUCCACGUAAUCUAUCUGGAGAAAAUCGCAUAAUGACUUUUGAACUAGGGCCUUUGAAGCCGCCGCGCUGAGGCGAUCCGUAAGCAUUGAGAGCGGCCCUUUCAGCGGCUAGCUACUAUAAUUGAUACUGAGACCUCGCACAUAUUUGGAAUCCUGAAAUCGUCAGAUCGGUCCUAAUAUGUUUCAUUAUAGAUAUCGGGGACGACUAGGUCGACAAUGGAUCAUUUGAAAAAAAACAUAUUGCUUAGAUUGACUGGGAAGACCUUGCGCCUAAGGAUCCUUCAGAUGGCUUAGGCACGUAACAUGGAUGAAUGACCCUACUGCCCGAGGGUGGGCGAUGGUAGGCAGAGACAUGUGUAUGUGGCCAUCAGGCCAUUUGCAGGAAGAAUCUUUUAGCUGUUAGGAAAUUCUUUUGGAAUGUUUGUCUAUUGAUUGCCCUGACUUCUACUUCUACUUCUACUUCUACUUCAUCCACCAAAAUCGGCUUGGAGUUCGGUAUUCGUUGACAGUUGAGUAACACUGGUUGAAGGUUGACGGUUGUCUACAAAGAUCCUGUAAAUUACCUGGAUAAG